ACUACGUUUUUUGCACAGGUGGGGUCUUCAGGGGGCCCUCAAUUACGACAGCACACUGUUGAGAGUUUGCAUGUCGGCUUUCUCCAUAAUAAAAAGUUCUGUAUGGAUAUACAAGACAUUGAAGUGUUCGUAAUUGCGAACAAACGUGCACCACAAAGCAAGGGAUUCUUUAUUUACACUGAUCCUACUGCUUCACCUCUAGAUCAUGACGUUGCAGAGCUCGUAAAUAGACAGAUAUAACCUACAAAACUUUCUAAACCAGUGCUGCGGUCUCAGGCACUUCAAGCUGUUCCCUUUUCAGCUUCCAUGAAAUCGAAACUGAUACUUAAAAGUGUACAACAUUUCACUGGAUCGGUGAUACGUGUCAGGAUGGAUGCAAUAUUUAACAUACUUGAGAAGUUCAGACUGGAAACUUACUACAACCAGUUUUUCCACCUGGGUGUAAAAGAUGAGAGAGAUUUCCUUGAUGGUGUGACUGAUGAAGACCUAAACAACAUAGGUUUAAGCCAUGUGGAGAAGAACCGUUUCUCAACCAUGAAGAACUUUAUCCAAAGACUCAGAGCUCCAGAGCGCCAAGUUCAAAGUGUGGCCCCUGUGCAGAAAUCAUUGGAGCCAUUCUGUAUAAAGUACACGUACCCAAAAUGCCCCCAACUGAAACCAAUCAAAGAUAUGGAUCCAGUGCAAAACACUGUGGAGGAUCUAAUGUUAAGGAUCAGUCACCUUGAAAGAGUCGGCAACACUAAAGGAGUCUGUCUCUACACCAUUGAUGGGAUGCCUCUCUCGGAUGACCCCUUCUUCAACACUUGGUCCAUGAAAGACAGGCAUAUUGAAAAUGGAGCUGUACUUUAUGUAAUAUUUACACCGAAGGAGAACGUGAAACAGGCUCCACAGGUCCAAAAGCGAGAUGUUGGCAAACCCGAUGGAGACAAUGUAGUUCGAUGCACAUAAUGCUCAAGGGAGAUUUCGAGGUGUCAGUGAACUUAGCAAGUGACACCAUCACCAGCCUGCGACUCAAGCUGGCGAAUGAGAGUGGAAUCCCAGCACAUGUCCUUACUUACAAGGGGAAACAUUGUGGUGGGGACACCCUGCAGAGUUGUGAAAUCACUGAGAGGUCCACGGUUUCCUUCUCUCUGUCCACCUUUUCUGAUGAGAAUCCACAUGGUGAUACAUUCUUCAUCAACGAUGUCGUUCCCUCAGUACAACAGACCCAGAAAGGAAUCAGCGUGUUCCUGUCUUCACUUUGUGCUCUUAAACAUCAUUGCACUAAAGAGCAACUGAAGAAACUGCUUUCCUACGUCCGUAAACUGACUGGAUGUAACCCUCUUAUCCAAAGUUUGCAUCAGUUACUCUGCAGGAAUGAAACCUUAACCAGGAAUCAGAAGAUUGCAGUUGUAGAAGGCCUGUACAUGCUCUUUAGAGAGCUUCUGCCUCAACGUGGAGCACAGCGAGGGGAGAAACUGAUUGAGGACUUGGAUGUCUUUGAGAAUUCCCUGUACUGCUGGGCACAUCUCAAAUCAGAAGCAGAGAAACUGACAUCACACCUCGAGAACUAUGCACUAAUCGCCCUUACGUCUGGAUCUGGCAACCGUUUCUGUGAACCAGUCAAAGUACCUGGAGUACCCGGUGCCUUUGAACGAGCAGAUGUAAUCCAGAAAAUCAAAGAUGGAGAGAAGAUUCCAAACUGCACUGAGCCGGUUUUGCGUGAAACAUCUUUACAGAGAGCCAACAACAUUGAAAAAAUCUUGCUCAGUUUGCCUCCGUUCGUCAAAACAUAUGAUCUUUGGAUUGACCACGACAAGAUGACUGGACAGAACUUUCGGGUGAACAUAGAGAAGACCUUUGGAAGCAUGGUUGAAGAGUUAAAGUCUCCCUCCAAUCAAUGGCUGAAUGUUACCCCGCCUCUACAUUUGAAGGAUCUCGGGCAGUGUGAGAGACGCCUUGUGCUGCUAAAUGAAGACAACCUUGGGGUGUGUCUGUACAAAGAAAAAGGAUCCCCUGAUAUGAUCAGAGUGCGUGACUGUUUGGCCGGCAAAGACAUAACAGUGGAUGUAAAUGUAUUGGCAGCCAGGACUGGUGAUCACAGAGAUGACAGAACAUUUGUCACCACCCGAACUCCAACAGAGGCUGUACUGGUGCUGAUAGACACAAGUUCCUCCAUGGAGGAAGAGUGUUAUGGCAGUGCUGAAAUACAGAAGAUUAAUGCUGUCAAGGAGCUCUUUGACAACUUUGCAACAAGAACCAUGGCUUACGAUUUUUACCAUGUCAUCGGCCUGGUGAAGUUCGACUCCAUGGUGAAGACUCUCCACACAUUCACAGAAAAUCUGGAAAAGUUCAAGGAACACGUGCGUACCAUAAAGGCGAGUGGUUGUACUCUGUUGUACGAUGCUCUGCGACGUGGGGCAUCUGAGCUCGAAAAGGUGAAGAAAAGGUUCCCGGAUUGUCGACUUCACAUCAUGUGUCUCACCGAUGGAAAUGAUUCUGGAUCCUCCGUUGAGCCGGCCGCUGUUACUGCCAGACUGCUUAAAUCUGAGAUUGUUGUGGACUCGAUCCUUCUUGGAGACGUGGAGAACAACAUGCUGCAUGGAAUCAGCAAUGCAACAGGUGGCUGCUGUUUCAAACCACAGACAACCAAAGAGGGUCUGAAGCUCUUUGAGAUUGAGACGGUUCUAUCCUUGGAGCAGAGGAAACUGAAGGAAAAACUCGACUCAUCUUCCAUCACUGAGAAGACUUUGUUAAGCAUCUUCGGUACCCAUGGCUAUGAUGAAUGUCCGGAGACUUUAAUGCCAAGCCAGAUAAACAGCAAAGUGACAGUGACAGAGAGCGCUCUGAAGAAGAGGAUUCAGGAGACAAAGAAGGGUUGGAUUCUGGAGAAGGAUAAGCGUAUAAUGGAGGAGCUGAAGAGUCUGCAUUGUGAUCCACAUCCCUUCAUCAAAGUAUUUCCCUCAGAGUCAGACUUCACUUUCUGGAAGAUCCUCAUGCAGGGCCCUCCUGACACACCGUAUGAGAAAGGAGUGUUUGAGCUGUACUGCCAGUUUGGUCCUGACUACCCAGUGAAGCCUCCACUCAUCCGCUUUGUCACACCGCUCUACCACUGCAACGUCAACAGUGUAGGCCGCAUCUGCCACAACAUAUUUGACCGUAACUACAAUGCCCACAUCACCAUGAGGGAGAUCCUUGAAGCUGUGUAUGGACUGCUCAUCGUCCCUGAGCCUGAGGAUCCUCUGGACAGCAUUUUGGCUGAGGAGUUCAUGACGAGUCGUGAGAUGUAUGAACGAGAAGCCAAGAAGCAUACAGAGGAGAGUGCAGGGAACUCGAUGGAUGACAUGGAAAAAGAAAUGGUGGAUCCAGUGACACAGUUCGUACCCCAACAUUUGAUCUGUCCAAUCACAAAGAAGAUGUUUGUUGAUCCUGUGAAAACAGUGUAUGGCACCGUGUAUGAACGCCGGGCCAUUGAGGAACAUCUGAAAGAACACCAGUAUGAGCCACUAGCUGGGCCGGGACAUGAGCUUGAGAUGGGCGACAUCACAGCAGACCAAGACAUGAAGAAAAUGGUGAUGGAUUAUCGCUCCCGUCAAAUUAAAUAAACCAGAUUAGAAAAUGUAUCUCAGGGUUUAUGGGUAAGUCAGUAGGUUCAUACUAGUUUUGAUUUUGAAGAGAUUUUCAUUAAAUGUCCGUUGAGUGUGUUCUUACCUAGCUUUAUAACCUUUUAUAAAAAUUACCAUAUAAAAGUUUGUGUUCAUCUUUAAAGUCAAAGGGUACCAGAACAUAGGAAUUUGAACUGCAUGAUAAUCAUACUGAGGCCUAUACAUUACAAGUGUUGUAGUUUGUUUUUGAUUCUGAUGACCUUUUGUUUUUAUUAAUAUCAGUUAUUUAAGAUCUUUUAGCGAUGUGUUUGGAGUUGCUCUCAUCUUAGUGUUUUUCAAAGGUAUCAAAUUCCCUAAUUCACUAUUUUAUCAAUAAACAAUGCAUCGAUUAAUACAAUUUUAAUAAAUUCUUGUUGUGAAAUAGAUCAAAGUUUUAGUGUAUUAAAUUUGACAUACUGGUGUUGGCAGAGAAAUAAAGAAUUUGUAAAAA